GAAUGCCUCAUAAAACUAACAACUAAUUCUUUUUCAGAUGGAUUUGACCCAACUGGAAUUAUUGAUAAUAUUCGUCAACUCUACAAAAAUCGGGAAGGUUGGCUGGCACCGUUUCCCUGGUGUGAAGGUUUUCACUUCUCCUUUGACGAUAUCUACACCAGACCAGUCAUCUACAGAAAGAAAACGAAAGGAACAGCAACAGACCGAGUUGUCACGAUGUCUGAAAUCUUCAACCAGCACGAAGAAUGUGAAGAACCAAGAGUAGUGUUAAUUGAAGGGAAGCCUGGUAUGGGAAAGACCACUUACUGUAAAAAAGUUGUUUUCGACUGGGCCUCAGGAAAACACGCAACCGGAAAUUGCUUCGCAAACAUCGUAAUAGUGCUUUUGAUCAAAUGUCGUGAUGUUCAGUCUGGCCUUUGGGAGGCCAUUGAAGAUCAACUUCUGCCUCGAGAAGUUGGUGAAGACCAACGUGAGAGAUUCUUCGACUUCAUUCGCCACAAUCAGUCUAAUGUUCUUCUGGUACUCGAUGGAUUGGAUGAAGUUUCUGAGAAGAAGCUACCUAUGUUUUCAGAAAUUAUUCAAGGGCGAGUACUGCCAAACUGUCGCGUGGUUGCUACGGCACGACACGAAGCUGGAGUCAAAGUUCGAAAAUACUGCGACACUCUGUUAGAAGUUAAGGGAUUUACUAAAGAAGAUGUACAAUCCUUCAUCAGAAAGUACUUCAAAGCCGAACCAAACUUGGCCAAGCAGCUUAUCGCACACCUGUAUAUUGAUCGCAAGUUAUAUGAAGUAUUGACGAAUCCUCUCAACACUGCGCUUCUUUGCCUGGUCUAUGAAGAUUUGAAAGGUGUAUUUCCUGAAAGCAGAACGAAGCUGUACAUGGAAAUGGUGGAGUGUGUACUAAGGAGGUACAGAACAAAGCAGCAACUACCAGAGAUCGGUGAAGACCUUGUUGACCUUUACGAAAGCCAGUUGAAACACCUUGGUUCGAUAGCUUUGAAAGGUUUACUUGAAGACAACUUGGAUUUUGACGAGAAGGAGCUUGGAAAACACAAAGCAAGCGAUUUACCUGGAUUUGGAUUUCUGUCAGUUCAGCCUGGAGGCAGUAAAUUAAGUCCAACUAGACGUUACAGCUUUCUUCACAAGACUUUCCAAGAAUUCUUCGCAGCGUUCUAUCUCAGUUGUCAGUUUAUCCAGAAAGAAAUCAGUACGAACAGCAUAGCUGCUGACAAAAAAUAUCGCCAUCAACUGAAAGAAGUGCUUCUGUUUACAUUUGGUAUGCUAGCAGCAAGAUGCGAGGAAACAGUGGUGAAACUUCUGGAAAGCAUAGCAACACAGUUAAACCAGGAAGAAGAGGAAGACGUGGACGUUAUAUUAGAGUGUGUUAAUGAAUGCAAAAAGAAGAAAAAAAAUGUUGAUGAAAAAUUGGCUACCGCUCUUGGCGCUUCUCUUCAAACUGAAACUGUUAAAGUUUCAAGUGUAAAAGUGGAUGAAACUCUAGCUGUCUUUUUAAGCAACUUUCUGAAAACAAAUACAACUGUGAGAAACUUAACAUUGGAUGAAUCUUUGCAAGAUGGGAUUGCCGCUCUGGCAGAGUGUUUGAAAUAUAACAAAUCGCUGACGACGUUGGAUUUGAGUGAUAAUCGAAUUGGUGAUGAUGGUGCUACUGCUCUGGGUGAGUGUUUGAAAUGUAACAAAUCGCUGACAACAUUGGAUUUGAGUGAUAAUCGAAUUGGUGAUGAUGGUGCUGUUGCUCUGGGUGAGUGUUUGAAAUAUAACAAAUCGCUGACAACGUUGGAUUUGAGUGAUAAUGAAAUUGGUGAUGAUGGUGCUGCUGCUCUGGGUGAGUGUUUGAAAUAUAACAAAUCGCUGACAACGUUGGAUUUGAGUGAUAAUGGAAUUGGUGAUGAUGGUACUGCUGCUCUGGGUGAGUGUUUGAAAUCUAACAAAUCGCUGACAACGUUGAAUUUGAAAUUUAUUUUAAUUGGUGAUGAUGGUGCUGCUGCUCUGGGUGAGUGUUUGAAAUAUAACAAAUCGCUGACAACGUUGAAUUUGAAAUUAACUAAAAUUGGUGAUGAUGGUGCUGCUGCUCUGGGUGAGUGUUUGAAAAAUAACAAAUCGCUGACAACGUUGGAUUUGAGUGAUAAUGGAAUUGGUGAUGAUGGUGCUGCUGCUCUGGGUGAGUGUUUGAAAUAUAACAAAUCGCUGACAACGUUGGAUUUGAGUGAUAAUCGAAUUGGUGAUGAUGGUGCUGCUGCUCUGGGUGAGUGUUUGAAAUGUAACAAAUCGCUGACAACGUUGGAUUUGAGUGAUAAUGAAAUUGGUGAUGAUGGUGCUGCUGCUCUGGGUGAGUGUUUGAAACAUAAAAAUCGCUGAAAACGUUGGAUUUGGUGUGAUAAUGGAAUUGGUGAUGAUGGUGCUGCUGCUCUGGGUGAGUGUUUGAAAUGUAACAAAUCGCUGACAACGUUGGAUUUGAGUGAUAAUCGAAUUGAUGAUGAUGGUGCUGCUGCUCUGGGUGAGUGUUUGAAAUAUAACAAAUCGCCGACAACGUUGGAUUUGAAUUAUAAUGAAAUUCGUGAUGAUGGUGCUGCUGCUCUGGGUGAGUGUUUGAAAAAUAACAAAUCGCUGACAACGUUAGAUUUGAAACGUAGUAUAAUUGGUUAUGAUGGUGCUGCUGCUCUGGGUGAGUGUUUGAAAUAUAACAAAUCGCUGACAACGUUGGAUUUGAGUGAUAAUGGAAUUGGUAAUGAUGGUGCUGCUACUCUGGGUGAGUGUUUGAAAUAUAACAAAUCGCUGACAACGUUGGAUUUGAGUGAUAAUGAAAUUGGUGAUGAUGGUGCUGCUGCUCUGGCUGAGUGUUUGAAAUAUAACAAAUCGCUGACAACGUUGGAUUUGAAUUAUAAUGAAAUUGGUGAUGAUGGUGCUGCUGCUCUGGGUGAGUGUUUGAAAUAUAACAAAUCGCUGACAACGUUGGAUUUGAGUGAUAAUGGAAUUGGUGAUGAUGGUACUGCUGCUCUGGGUGAGUGUUUGAAAUAUAACAAAUCGCCGACAACGUUGGAUUUGAAACGUACUAUAAUUGGUUAUGAUGGUGCUGCUGCUCUGGGUGAGCGUUUGAAAUAUAAC